GAGCGAGCGGGCGGGCGGGCGCGUAAGCUCCGCGACGGAGCCCCAUCCGCCUGCGCGCGGGGUCGGCGUCCGCGGGGCGGCUUGCUGAGCACCAGAAGUACUUGACUCCUGCAAGCAUUGGAUGUCAUGAUUUGCUAAAAGUGAGCCUGGCUUCUCAGCUUCCUUGGGGUGCUGUGAGGGUGUCUCAGAACCAUGUCGGACCUACUACUGUUCGGCCUGAUUGGGGGCCUAACCCUGUUGCUGCUGCUGACGCUGCUGGCCUUUGCUGGGUACUCAGGGCUGCUGUCUGGAGUGACAGUUAGUGCUGGAUCGCCCCCCAUCCGCAACAUCACUAUGGCCUACAAGUUCCACGUGGGGCCCUAUGGUGACACUGGGAGGCUUUUCACCGAGAGCUGCAGCAUCUCUCCCAAACUUCGUUCCAUCGCCGUCUGCUAUGACAACCCCCACAUGGUGCCUCCCGAGAAGUGCCGCUGUGCAGUGGGCAGCAUCCUGAGUGAAGGAGAGGAGUCGCCCUCCCCUGAGCUUAUCCACCUCUAUCAGAAAUUUGGCUUCAAGAUAUUCUCCUUCCCAGCACCUAGUCAUGUGGUGACAGCCAGCUUCCCUUACACCACUCCCCUGUCUAUCUGGUUGGCUGCCCGCCGAGUCCAUCCUGCUUUGGACACCUACAUCAAGGAGCGGAAACUGUGUGCCCACCCUCGGCUGGAGAUCUACCAGCAAGACCAGAUCAAUUUCAUGUGCCCGCUGGCACGGCAAGGAGACUUCUAUGUGCCCGAGGUGAAGGAGGCAGAGCGGAAAUUCCGGGGCCUUGUGGAAGCCAGUGAUGCCCAGGUGGAUGGCACAGGAGCUGACACGACAAGUGAUACGAGUUCUGUGAGCCUCGAGGCGAGCCCUGGCAGCCGGGAGACUUCAGCCACCACGCUGUCUCCUGGGGCAAGCAGCCGUGGCUGGGAUGAUGGCGACAAUCGCAGCGAGCACAGCUACAGCGAGUCGGGUGCCAGUGGCUCAUCUUUUGAGGAGCUGGACCUGGAGGGCGAGGGGCCCGUGGGAGAACCUCGGCUGGGUCCUGAAGCCAAGCCUUUGGAGGCCACAAGGGAGCCCAGCACCCCUGAGCGGGGUGAGGAGUGACCUGCAUCACUCACCCGCCCAUGGUACAUUUGCUAAGGAACUGAGCAGACUCCAGCCCUCCCUCCUUCACCUCCCCAGCCUGCUUGGGGUCUCCAGGGAGGCCUGUUUUCUCCCUCCCUGGGCCUCUAGCUAAACCUUCUCUUCACUGCCCUUUUGGCUGCCAGGGCCAAAGGAGACAGGGACUGUUAUCUGCACCAGCCUUCCAGGCUGCCAACUUUUUCAGACUCAUUGGAGCUUCCAGAACCCAGAAUAAAGCAAAUGACUUUCUUGUUUCACCUGGA